AUGUACCCUAUAAUCACAAGAAGCGUACCAGUACAAUUAGGAAGGAGAAUUGCAAAACCAUCAUUAACGCUAACAUUAAGAACAGUAGUAGCUAAUAAUGGUAGUAAAAGGUGGGCAUCCUCAGUCAAUUCUCUAACAAAAACACAAUUACCAUUCACUUAUUCCCCUAAUGGUCCAAAGAUUGUGAAAUAUACCAAAGAUCAUGAAUGGAUUGCCGCUCAUGAAGAUGGGAUUGCGUUCAUUGGUAUUUCAAAAUACGCAUCUGAUUCAUUAGGUGAUGCUACAUACAUUGAGCUACCUGAAGUAGACACCAUCAUUGAAGAAGGUGAAUCAAUGGGGUCUGUAGAGUCUGUGAAAUCUGCCUCCGAGAUCUAUCAACCAGUUAAGGGAGAAGUUGUUGAAGUUAAUACUGAAUUGGAAAAUAAACCUCAAUUGAUUAAUCAAGAUCCCAUGGGAUUAGGUUGGAUUGCUAAGAUUAAACUUGAUAGUAUGAAUGAUAUUGAUUCAUCUGAUAAACUACUAAGUUUGGAUCAAUACGAAGAAUCUUUGAAACAUGAUGAUUGA